AUGUGUGGAAAAGCUGCAGAAGACUCCCUACAUGACGCAAAAGACGACAUAUUCCUGACGAAAUUUACCAAUGACUCUUUGGCGAUUGGAACAUAUCAAGCGGGUAUUCCGGAACUUGUUCUCGCAGUUCAAGUUCUCAUGCGCGAUUUGCGUUGCCGAGAUAGCGAAAAUUACACAGUGAACCUGGUUGAAAUAUACCAUGAUUACAUUCUAGUUGUUAGGAAGCCAAAAUUAUCACCAGCCCAGGUCAUCGACUUUUGUCAGAAAUACGACUCGCUAUGUAGGAACUUGACAUUAUCAAGAAGUUCAGCAGGUCCCAGCAGCUUCUGUGUACCAAUUGCAGAAGCUUUAUUCCCCUUAUUCAUUCCGGAUAGCCACAACCUCUCUGGCGUCGAAGCACGACAGGAGGAUCAUGGCAAGGCUAUUUCUGUUUUCACCAUUGUGACUGUGAUUUUCCUACCCUUAUCAUUCGUGACAAGCUUCCUUGGAAUGAACACAACAGACAUCCGGGACACAGAUAAUACGCAAAUUUUGUUUUGGGUGGUGUCUUUGUCGCUGACAGCACUUAUAACUGGGCUCUCCCUACUCAUUGGUCUCAAAGGAAAUGAGAUCCAAGAGUUCAUAUAUUCUCGAGGGUGGUUCAAAACGGGAAGUCAUUGA